AUGUCGGGGGUCGAACUUAUUGGCCUGCUUCUUGGGGCGAUAGCUCUCAUUGAGCCUAUCGGCAAAGGUCUCAAAUCCGUCAGUGGUGUUAUGAAAAGUUCAGACUCAUUUCAGGAGUACAUGCUAUCGACGAGUCUAGAGUACCAUUGUCAUGCGCAAGCAUUUAAAAUUGAAUCGAGACGGAUUUUUGGGGCCUUCCUAACGGAAUCUGAGAUUGACGACUUAUUUGGAGAAGAGGGAAGCAGUGAUCCUCGUUGGCAGGACCAAGCUUGGAGAGACAGCGUCAAAGCCUAUUUGGGGACUUUCUAUGACGGGAUCUCAACAGCUAUGCUGCUGGUAUCUCGGGCGCUUUCGGUUCUGAACGAAAAUAUAGUCCAGCUCAAAGAUCUUAAUGAGCUCCCUCGGCCAGGCGACAAAGGCCGAUAUGGUGGAUCAACCGCCUCCUCUGGCCAAGAAUCUGUUUCGAUGAAGAUUAAGUCGAAAUUAGAAAUAAGAAAGGAAGACAUAAAGAAAUAUUUUGAUGAUUUGAUACGAUAUAACCUGCUAUACCAAGGUUCCGUCAACCGUUUCGUGGAAGAACAAAAAUGGAAUGCGAAGGCAACAACCGCGAUAAUGAAAGCUGAGAAGCGCUGCCGUCAUCUCACCAAAUCUGCAAGGGGCGUGCCAUGGAAUUCAGUAUCUCAGGUAAUUGAUGAUCUCCAUGAAACAAGUCGGAGGCUAUCUUUUGCGCUACAAAAAGCCGCGGUCUGCUCCUGUCACGCGUUUCACCUCCGGCUAGAGAUGUUCUCGUCGACCGAUUUGUCCACCCCAUGGCCACCGACUAGGGGAGCUCCUUGCUUCGGUAACAGAGAUCCACGAUAUCAAACGAUAAACUUCAAUUUGAUCGUACUGGGAUCUUUCGACCCACAGCAACGUACAAACUGCCACCGAUCGCGAGUUUCAUGGGAUACCGUGGGAUAUCCUUUAGACCGUUUGUCUUUGCGUAUUGAAGUCAAGCCGCAUGCCACUCCUAACUUAAGAUUAGGGCGCACACCAUUUAAAUCUCUCCCAAAAAAUUUCAUAAAGGAAAACCCCAUAAAGGAUACUUCCAGUGCACAGAAAAAACCGAUAAUACGGACCGAGAACGGGGCUACUGAGCCACCAGCGACCACCACUACACCACUGAAAGCACCCACUCCAAAAUCAAAGCUUAAGAAAACCGUUGCUCUCGCUCAUAAUUCCCUUAGAACCGUCGUACCAUCUUCUGACAAACGAAAAAGGAAGCCGGUCGCGGUACUGGAAGACCCUCGCAAAGAGCCUGAGCUUAGCACAGCUAUGGAUUAUGAAGUAGCCGUCGACGUACCAGUAAAACCUGAAGAAAUAUCUGAUAUGUGUGCUUGGCUAAAACAAACCAGGCUGGCUUCGAGUAUUUUGGACCAAGAAUCUCACCCGGGUGUUUUGAGUGGAGAGAGUAGUGUCCAAUAUUUGGUGCACGAAGAGAAUUCUGUCGACGUGUCCCCAGAGAUCAAGGGUGAAAAUCACAUGCGGAACUACGGAUCUUUGCUAGAAUAUCUCUUGUCAAGUCGAAACACUUUAUUGAUCCCUCAGCGCAUGGAAUUAGCACACACACUUGCCAUAUCACUGUUACGGCUCCACUCCUCAUCUUGGAUUCGAAGAAGCUGGAGCAGCAAAGACGUAAUGCUUUUUCUGCCAUCGGAUGCCAGCGCCGCUGAGCGACGUUGGUCGCCAUAUGUAUCAGCAGCCUUUAACGACCUUAGAGAUAUACAGGAAAUAGCACAAGCGGAAAAUCAGGAUGAACCGGGCUACAAACUUUCGUAUGUUGUUAGCCUCGGAAUCAUAUUUUUAGAGAUUGGGUUGUCUAGGUCUUUACGAGGGGAACAAGAAGAUACGUUUAAUGGAGGUCCUCAUUUCGAUGCAUAUAUGCGGGCCUGCGGAGAAGUUAAGAUCCAUUCUGUAAGUGGGUUAAUGGGCCCAACUUAUGAUCGGGUAGUAGAAACCUGCAUCAAGUGGAUGGAUUCAGACGAGCUCGACGACAAAGCUGUUCAGCAAAAGUUCUACGAAGAUGUUGUUUUAGGAUUGGAGAAGUGUAUUCAGGUUGCUAACUCGAGUCAGAAAAGGAGAGAGAAAAAGAAGCGUAGUCGAAGCUGA